CGUAAAUGAGUUGUCGCUGUCGUCGUCCGCGCUUCUAGCAAACACAAGCCAGACUGCGUACUUCAUACAUGAUGUCGCUAAGCAUCUUGAAGAGCAUCGUAUGAUAUCUUUACUGUGUCUUUAUCUAAAAAUGUAAAUUUGAAGCCGCAACCAAAUAAUUAACACAUUAUCUGUGCUUUAAAGGCGUCUGUUAGCUAACAAGCUAAUACAGCAUCAUGAUGUUUACGUGUUGCUAGCUUAGCUUCCUGUCGACCUGUGGAUAAACAGUUAGCUCACACACUGACAGAUAACAUGGCAGACUCAUCGCCGUUAUCGGGGGUUAACGUGGUGCUGGUUAUGGCCUAUGGGAGCUUGGUGUUUGUGUUGCUGUUUAUCUUCGUCAAAAGGCAAAUCAUGCGUUUCGCUAUGAGAUCUCGCAGAGGACCACAUGCACCUAUUGGCCACAAUGCACCUAAGGGUCUGAGGGAGAAGAUUGAUUCCAGACUGUCAAAGGUCCAGGAGAUCCGUUUUGAACCUCGCCUCCUAUCAGAAGAAGAUGACAGGCUGCAGCACGGAUCACAGAUUAGUUGCUACAAUUACCUGUACAGGAUGAAAGCCCUGGAUGCCAUCCGUGACUCGGGUAUUCCCCUGCAGGAGAUCAGCCGCUGUCCCAGUGCGUUUACCGGACGGAAUUUCCGGAGCUGGCUGUUGGAGUUGCGUAACUCCCACUCGCUGAUCAAGAGCAGCCGCAGCGCUCUAAUCGACCGUUUGCUCGAAGGCUACGACAGCGCUCGACACGGGACCGGGGUGUUUGGAGAAGCUGAGUUUCUUGAAUAUGAACAGGCUCUCAGUGAACUGGCUGAUGUGGUCAAGGCCUAUUCCAGCACCACCAGUCUGGACCAGCAUCACCAGUCCGCAGCCAAGGACCUGACGGGCUCCCCUGUCCGCAGCACCCCUUCAACCAUCCAGGUCACCUACCUGCCCUCCACAGGCCAGCGCAGCAAGAGGCCCAAACACUUCCUGGAGCUGAAAAGUUUUAAAGACAACUACAACACACUGGAGAGCACCCUGUGAGGGAGUGACAGUGUGUGCGUGUGGUUACACAAAGGGAAUCAAAAGUUGUUCUAUUUGAGCGUUAAAAUUCACCUUCAAGGUGAGAGAACGCUUAAGCUCUGAUAAAUUCAUACACUGGAUUUUUCAGGGCAUUAGAAAUGUUACACGGACAAAGACAUGAUGUGCAAAGUCUUGCACUCAUCAAAUCUUUGGUCUCCUUACAAGAAAGACUUUCUGUUUUUGUGUUGAACUCAUGACUUUCUCCUGAUUUAGGAUCCGAACCAGUUCACAGGAACAUGAUUGUUGUAAACCUGGCAGGGUUUUCAUUGUAGAAACAGGAAAUGUAAGUCAUAUUUGUGUUUCUCAUAUGUAAAUACCACAGUAAAACCUUUUGGUUUGUACAGAUUUAAGAUGUUUAUAUGGACAAUAAGUUAUUUUCUUGACAAUGUUUGAUUUGUAUUUAAAUGAGGUUAUAUGCUUGUGUGGUUGAAGAUUAAAAAAACAACAAACCUUACAACCCA